AUGGCUCCACCAUCAUUUUCUGAUUUGGGAGAAGCUGCAAGAGAUGUUUUUGAAAAGGGUUAUAAUAUUGGUUUCUUCAAGAUUGAUGGCAAAACCAAAACAGAAAACAAUGUGGAGUUUAAAACAUCCCUAAGCUCAGACAGAGAAACAGGCAAAGUGUUUGGAGAACUGAGCAGUGAAUAUAAAUGGGCAGAACAUGGGUUAACAUUUACUGAAAAGUGGAAUACAGACAAUGUACUGAAUGCAGGCAUCAAAGUUGAGGACCAGCUUGCUACAGGGCUGGAAUUAGCCCUUGAUGUCACACUGUCACCACAGUCGGGGGAGAAGAGCUCCAGUUUCAAGAGUGACUACAAGACUGAUUUUAUUCAUUUGAAUGGUGAUGUUGACUUUGAAAGUUCUGGAACAACUGUCGGUGGAUCGGCUGUGCUAGGUUACGAAGGGUGGCUGGCUGGCUAUCAGUUAGCAUUUGAUAUGCAGGAAUCAAAAUUGACAGCCAGCAACUUUGGCUUUGGAUAUGCUAACCAAGACUUUUCAUUCACUACACUUGUUGAAGAUGGUGAAGAGUUCACAGGCUCUCUACACCACCAAGUCAAUGAGAAGUUUGAAGCAGCGGUUAACCUCUCCUGGGCUGCUCGUACUGGAAGAACCACAUUUGCAAUUGGAGGAAGGUACAAACUGGAUGACACUGCAUCAUUUAGUCUCAAGAUGAACAGUCAGAGUCAUAUAGCCAUGUGUUACAACCAGCAGUUGAGAAAUGGAGUGAAUCUGAUAGUCUCAUCGUUGAUAGAUGGCAUGAAUAUCCACCAGGGAGGUCAUAAGAUUGGACUCGGACUUGAAUUUGAGGCUUAA